GACGAGUCCCUUACCAUUUGUUUCUCCAUUCCCACCUGCGCUGCGCUGCAGGUCGUCUCGUCGUUUGGGGUUUCUCUGCUGAAACGGCCGCGCCGCCUUUCUCCCAUUUCGCAGUCUCGUGCGUGCGGCGGCAAGGCAAGCAUCCUCAGUUACCAUCAAAUUUGGAUCAUUGCAGCUCACCAAAACCCAAAUCUCACUAGCUCAAGCUUCGUCAAUGGAGGACUCAACCGACCCUCCAGCUGCAGGCAUGGAGUCCCUCUCGAUGAAUUCCGAGGUUGAACAGGCCCAGCCCUCUUCGUCCAAUCCAACUCCCUCUGGCCAGAUGAGUGGAGAGGAGAGGUUUAAGAUUGUGAGGAGUGUGGGUGAAGAGUGCAUUCAAGAGGAUGAAUUGCUGAAUCUUCUCACCAAGAAGCCACAGCCUAUUUGCUACGACGGGUUUGAACCUUCGGGCAGAAUGCACAUUGCUCAGGGAGUUAUGAAGGCAAUAAAUGUGAACAAGCUAACUUCUGCCGGCUGCAAAGUGAAAAUUUGGAUUGCAGAUUGGUUUGCCAAAAUGAACAACAAGAUGGGGGGAGACUUGAAGAAGAUCCAAACAGUUGGGCGUUAUUUGAUCGAGAUCUGGAAGGCUGUUGGAAUGGAUAUUAGUGAUAAUAAAGUUGAAUUCCUGUGGUCUUCAGAUGAAAUCAAUGCUCGGGCUGCUGAGUACUGGCCGCUUGUCCUGGAUAUUGCUGGGAGGAACACACUCUCAAGGAUUAUUAGGUGUUCACAGAUUAUGGGUCGAAGUGAGCAAGAUGAUCUUACAGCUGCCCAGAUUUUCUAUCCGUGCAUGCAGUGCGCUGAUAUUUUUUUCCUCAAGGCUGAUAUUUGUCAACUGGGUAUGGACCAAAGGAAAGUCAAUAUGCUUGCUAGAGAGUACUGUGAUGAUAUAAAGAGGAAGAACAAGCCCAUCAUUUUGUCUCAUCAUAUGCUGUCGGGUCUACAGCAAGGGCAAGAAAAGAUGUCAAAAAGUGACCCAUCAUCUUCCAUAUACAUGGAAGACGAGGAGAAUAUAGUGAACUUGAAGAUAAAGAAGGCCUACUGCCCACCGAAGCAGGUUAAAGAUAACCCAUGUCUCGAGUACAUCAAGUACAUCAUCCUACCAUGGUUUAAUGAAUUCAACGUGGAGCGUGCCCCAGAAAAUGGGGGCAAUAAGACGUUCAAAACAUUUGAAGAACUCACAGCUGAUUAUGAAAGUGGGGAGCUACAUCCCGGAGAUCUGAAACCUGCUCUUGCAAAAGCACUGAAUAAGAUUCUCCAGCCCGUUCGUGAUCAUUUCACCCAAAAUCCUGUUGCCAAGGACCUUCUGAAACGCGUCAAGGGUUACAGAGUGACAAGGUAAUGACAAAUGGCCACAGUGCGAGGAGUCAUCACUAAAUUAUUGUCACACAUUAUUUGACAUAUUCAUGGGCACGUCUGAGAUUGGAGUUGCAGGCAAGUCGAUUGAAGUUUGACGCUUUUAACACUUUACUAUAUUAGUUGAAUAAGAACAACUUCUUUGGGCUUCAUGGAUCAACAAUCCGAAUUAUGAAUCGACUUUUGGUAUGGUUGUAUGUGUUUCUCAAUCUCAUUUGCCAAUACUAGUUGAGAAGGGGCAAUCUUUUGGCUAUAUCGAAAAUAGAGUAUUCACCUA